GUAGGAAGCCUACACAGACCAAGCAGAUAAGAAGCUGUCCCACUGUCACAUACACGCACACAUACAAGCUAGUUAAUCGAUCAGCCGGCGGCCAUGGCGGAGGAGAAGCACCACCACCACCUGUUCCACCACAAGAAGGAGGGCGAGGACUUCCAGCCCGCCGCUGAUGGCGGCGCCGACGUGUACGGGUACUCGACCGAGACGGUGGUGACCGGCACCGGCAACGAGGGCGAGUACGAGCGGAUCACCAAGGAGGAGAAGCACCACAAGCACAAGGAGCACCUCGGCGAGAUGGGCGCCGUCGCCGCCGGAGCCUUCGCCCUCUACGAGAAGCACGAGGCGAAGAAGGACCCGGAACACGCGCACAAGCACAAGAUCGAGGAGGAGCUGGCCGCCGCCGCGGCCGUCGGUGCCGGCGGCUUCGUCUUCCACGAGCACCACGAGAAGAAGCAGGACCACAAGGAGGCCAAGGAGGCCAGCGGCGAGAAGAAGCACCACCACUUCGGCUAGAUCGUCGCCGACGCGCGGGCCGCCGGCGUGCGUGUGCUUACGUGUGUUCCAUAAGCGAGAGAGGCUGGGACGUGGGCCCGGUCUCGUGCUCGCCUGUGCGUGAUUUUCUCUGCGUGCUAUCUUCCGCGUGCUGAAUAAGCGGGGUUGCUGUUCAUGCAGUGGCUCCCACACCUCAUGCGUCGGUGUUUGUCGCGUGUCGGUGUGUGUGUUUCAAUUCUACCGGCGCCCUGUAUUUGUAACUUCACCUUUUUUUUUUCUUUCAGGGGAUUUGUAACUUCACUUUAUGAUGCAGUCCUCAUGAAACUUUUGUGGCCCAUCUAUCUCAAAAUUUGCUCUCAUAAUGUUAUCGGAUCAAAUUGCAUA